AUGGCGUUGCCUCAUUCCUCUCAAGGACUAUGUGCCCGCCACAACAUGUCUCUAGAAGCAUCGCGACACCGUCGCAAGAAGACUCAAGCUGUGGAUCUUCUCAUGCGUCUGAAAGUCCCACAACAGAUGAUGACUUAUUAUACUUGCACAGAAGAUGGCAAUGCCUUUUGGGCUGAUGCAGAUUUAAUCGAACAUUUACGAAAGCAGCACCACGCUAAAUUUAUCAGAAGGCCUGGUCGCCCAGGAAUCAUGGACGGCCAUGGGCAUAUCUGCAUUGCCAUCGAGAUCUUACAGCUUCCGUCUGUGAGCAUUAGCCCGAAGUGCUUCGGGUAUCAUUGUGCACAGUUGGCUUCACACAAAGGACCUCAGCUGUUGCCGGCUCAUUUUGUCCAGAGGACAAAGGUGAUAGCAGCGAGGUUUCGUAUAGUGACCCGUCAUGGCUGUUUCUUAGGCCCCGUUUUCAAAGUCGAAGUUGAAACCGUCUUCGGCAAAAUACACGUAACCAUAUGUCUAUUUAAUUUAUGGUGUGAUUAA